AUGAAUAACCGCAUCCAGAAAGUGAAACAAGGGGAAUUGGUUCUUGAUCAAAACCAGCUGACUCUGUUAACCAGUGGCAUUGGAUCUCUCUGUCAUCUAACCUACCUGAGCCUUAGCCAUAAUCCAGUCUCUGUACUCCCAGAAGAGAUUGGGGAGUUGAGGGAACUUCGAGAACUAUGGGCUGUGGGCUGUAACCUGAUCUCCUUACCCUCUUCUCUCAGGAAACUGAGACAACUCCAGAAAAUAGGAGCACGCAAUAACCACAUUGCCACGCUGCCCACUGAGUUUGUGCAGCUAAAAGCUCUCCAAUGGCUAAACCUAGCCAACAAUGAACUGAGUGAUCUUCCAAAGAAUUUCAUGAACCUUGAAGCCUUGGCAUACUUGAACUUGGAUGGAAACAAAUUUGAACAAGUUCCGGAAUCUCUGUCAGACAUGGCAAGUCUUCUUGUCAUUUAUAUGAAGUGCAACUACAUUAGAUCACUGCCAGAUGACAGGAUCCUUGGAUUAACAAGUCUGACUAAAUUAGAUCUCCGAGAAAACCCACUCACAAUAAGACCUGGUCAUUGGAAGGGUUUGGACUUCAUAUUACUGGGAAAAGCAAAUGAAAUGGUAUUAACAAGUCUUGAAGAUACUAAUGAGGAAGAAUUUAUAUUAGGAUGACCAAUACAGUGUGAUAAAAUGGCGAGUAUAAGAAUGCAGUUGCCAUAGUAAGGACAGACCCUAUCUUAUUUGUAUCACAAAUACUGACUGACGAACCCAGACUUGUCGAGUGUUGAAGGUUCCUUCGACUUGGACCACUGUAUUAUGUCUGUUACUUUUCUGCAGGAUUAAGCAGUCUGUUAAUGCUAUUUCAGUGUUGUUAAUCUGUUUCUGAGUAUUUAUUUUCCAAUACUGUACAUUGAUUCAUU